AUGGCCAACAUUUCUUACAGACAAGUGCGCCACCCUGAAGGGGAUAACAGCGACGCUGCACCUUUGCUUCAACGCACCGCCAAAGCCCGGCCGUCGCGAAGGACCAAGGUUCCCAACUAUGAGAUCCACCCGAAGCAGAUGCCAGUCCCGAACAUUGUAGCCCAGCCGUCCAGGGAGCGUACGGAAACUACGAUUCGACUGCGGUUUCGUCAGCAGCUCCCCACAACAGAGGCGUGGUGCCUCCCCCCCCCCCCCAAAGCACGGGCUUCUAACGGUGAAAAUGAAAAUGAAACGCCCAUAAACCACCGCCAGCCAAAGAAAAUGGGCGACAGGGGACGUGAUCGGCGUGAAUGGAUGAAGCGACUGCGUCCCAUGCCUCACCGACGAUACUGA